AGGAAAUGUCCACAGACACCACUUCCGGUCAUUCCAACGCCAAAUUCCCCCCAUUUUCGCCAAAAACCACCCUCCCAGUCGCCACCAAUUCAAAAAUGGCGCCUCCCUAACCUCAAAACUUGACACAUCAACAUAACCUAAAAACCUCCACGCUUCUGUCCACAAAAACUAAACUGCGAUAAAACACAAAAAACAACCCCAUGGUCCACUCCCCCUAAAAAUGGGCAAGUUCUCCCGCGACCGACGCGACAUUUUUUACCGUAAAGCAAAAGAACAGGGAUGGAGGGCUCGCAGCGCCUUCAAGCUUCUCCAAAUCGACGAGAAAUUCAAAAUUUUAAAUGGCGUGACGCGGGCCGUCGAUUUGUGCGCCGCCCCCGGCAGCUGGAGCCAGGUUUUGUCACGCCGACUAUAUCUGGGCGAGUACAUUGAAAUCCGGCCUAAGAAUAAGCUGUUUUACACCGACAAUGAGGACUACGUUACGAGGAGCACGGUGGAGGUGGUGGAAAAGAAGGCGAGGAGAGAGGACGAAGACAGCGAGGCCGGGACCUCUCAGGGGGCGGAACUGCCGGUAACACCGAAGAAGAACGAGAAUGUUAAGAUCGUGGCGGUGGAUUUGCAACCCAUGUCGCCGUUGCCGGGGGUGAUACAGAUACAGGGGGAUAUUACAGAGUAUAAGACUGCCGAAGCUAUUAUUAAUCACUUUGAAGGGGAUAAAGCGGAUUUGGUUGUGUGUGAUGGGGCGCCAGAUGUUACUGGGUUGCACUGCAUUGAUAUAUACAUUCAAGCACAGCUUUUGUUGGGUGCUUUGCACAUUACUUGUAAUGUUUUGAAACCCAAUGGGACUUUUGUUGCUAAAAUAUUCCGUGCUAAAGACUGUGAUUUAUUGACAAACCAGCUGUUGAUGUUGUUUGAGGAUGUGGUGACUGUUAAACCUACCAGUUCUCGGACGUCUAGCAUUGAAGCGUUUGUUGUAUGUAGGAAUUAUAAACCACCAAUGGGGUUCAACCCGAAGUUGAUAACCCCGUUUCUGGAUGUUAGUAAUAAGGAUUUUUCUACUCUCACGGGCGUAAAUAGGGUCAUUAUACCAUUCUUGGUGUGUGGGGACAUCAGCGCCUUUGAUUCUGACACAACAUAUCCUCUUCAGAUCGCAGGGGAGGAACCGUACCAGUACCACUCCCCAGUGCAGCCCCCAAUCGCCCCACCCUACUACUUCGUCGAAGAGACAGAACCCAAACACGCAAAAGUCGAAGUCCAACACGUCCCCGCCGAAGUCGAACUACUCGUACAGUACCAGGACGGUACUGUCCAUGAAGAAGUAUACGUCGUCAUCGACGACACCGGACCUUUCGAAGUACCCACCGAAGACCCCGGACCCCCCAACGAAGCCGAAACGUUGCCGGAAAUCUGCGAACAAGCCGAAAACCCUGACCAGGCAUUGGCCCAAACAGAGAGCGACUCGAGUUGUCCAGACAUCUGCGACCAAAGAAAAAAAGAUCAGGCGGAAGACCCGUUGGCGCAAACAGAGAGCGAAGUGGCCGAAGAAGACACAGAAACGCAGAUAGAAGGGGUGGUGCACGUGGUGGCACCUCAAGGCGAAGAUGCCAUUCAGGUAGUCGAAACGUCUGCUACAACGAGCCACGAGGGUCCGAGUGAAGACUCCAACGAAAGAGUGGAAAGCUGCCCUUUGCUGGACAGUCAUGUACCUUCUGGAGAGUCGGAGCAAGUCGAGAGCGAAAAGUCAACAGAAUCCGAGAAACCGUCAACCACUGGAAUCGCAGAUACCAACUACUACGAGUUGUUCCAAAAAGUGACUAAAAUUAGGGAACGCAGUUCUGAAAGAAAGUUCGUUGCGUCGUUCGGGUCCAUCGAUAUGGACGAAGAGUCGCUCGCGUUUAUUGAAAAUUUGAUGGCACGGCUAAAUCUCGAGCAGGGGAGUCCAAGUUAUGAGUAUCUGAUCGAGAAGUUGCUGGGACCUUCGUCUAAACAAACUUGUACGUGCUUGCCGCCCGAUCAUACUAAGUAAUGUGUAUUUUAUAUUAAUUGUAUUACUAAAUAUAGUUGCUAUUUUUAAACCCGA